UGCAGUGAUCAUUUAUGGAGAGUGAGGUUCAGGCUUCCAGCUGGCUCCCCGGCAGGAAGCCUGAAUUGGCCCCGAGACUUCCAGGUCUCUGUUUCGGAUUACCAAGCACGAGCGGGCAGCCGGACACCAAUCCAAGCAUUCAUCUGACAGACAAUGGGAAAACAGGCCUCAGCUUUGUGCCCAGCUGGAAUGCAAAAGCAAGGUCGGCACAGCGAGUUGAAUACGGCCUGUGUGAAAGUCGUGGCGGAAGCAAAGGGCUCCUGUUGGCAAGCAGGGGGAGGAUGAAGGUGGAGCAUCUACCUGGGGCACGCUGGGUGAUGGAUAUUCAGGAAUCCAAGGGCAACUCUGCAAAAACAUUUUACUCCUCUGCUUAUUUUAUUGGCCAGCUGAGGUUACAAGGUAGAAACGCGACUGGAAGUGGUGGUGGUAAGAGCUCUGUUUCUUCUCGAAGAGUUUUGGUCUUCAGCUCACAUACCGCAGACAGCUGCCUGGCGACCCAGGGCCUAUCCCGGCGGCCCCAAGCCACGCGCCUAGGAGCGCGCCCAGGAUCCCCUCACGACAAGGAACGUCACCGCGUUCCACAUUCUCCCCGACCCUCUGACCCCGAGGGCCCAGACCCCGGCCGGCCCAAGCGGCCCCGGCAGGGCCAAGACCGGGAGAGCCCCGCGGGCUAG